ACUACUGAAAAUUUCUCAGUACGUUUCCAACCGUCGCGAGGUGAACAUCUACGACUUUCUAACCUCAAAAUUUUCCGUUUUCCCUCUCUGACACACACGUGAUAGUUACGAUCUACUGUAACACAGCCAUGUGCUGAUGUUGGUCUAAUUUAUUGAAUUGAAUUUAACAGUGUAGUUUCAUACACAGUCCACAGUUAUUAUUUAUAUAAAGUGGUUUAUUGUUUCAUGAAUUCCACAGUUACACAGUGGUUCACAAUUAUUGUAUUACUCAGUUAGUUAUCAAAGUUUUUACAAUAUUAUUGUUUCAUAAAUUUCACAGUUAUACAGUGGUUCACAAUUGUUUACUCAGUUCAUCAACGUUUUUUUUACAAGGAAAAUGUGCGAAAUAUUCUCCGAAAUGUUCGAUCGAAAUAAUUUAGUGUUUUCUGCGAAUGAACUACGAAAUACGAGAGUGUGUUUUCUUGAAUGAAACUGUUUUUGUGUGGUGAUUUAUAGCAGUUUUGGUGUUGAUAUAACGAUUCAAGGUCUAGUUUUCGAGAGAUUCAAAAACCAAAAAACUGCCCCAAAAUGCUACUGAGGCAGGGAGUGUUGGGUUGUGUACCCCUGUUGAGGAUUUUGAUAAUACUGUUUGUGACAAUACCCGACCGAAAUAUAGUGUCAAGUGCUAGAAGACAUUUGCCCCUCCAUGGAGACGAUAUAUUCAGGAAAUCUCAACAUGCUGCCGAAUGUCAAUUUGGAAAACAAUUACGAGAGCUUGGGAGUUCGUGGUUUGCCGAUCUGGGUCCCCCUUUUGGAGUCAUGUACUGUAUCAAAUGCGAAUGUCUACCGUACCAGAAAAAGCGCAGAGUUGUGGGAAAAGUGCACUGCCGAAAUAUCAAGAACGAAUGUCCAAAACCAUCCUGUGAAGAGCCUGUCUUAGCGCCUGGCAGAUGUUGCAAAGUCUGUCCUGGAGAUCUUGAUAGUCCAGAUAUCGUUGAUGAUCCCACCACAGUUGUAAGCGGAGAUGAUGAGAAGAAUACAAAACAUUUUGCAGCGCUUUUGACCAACCGUAACCAACUGGACUCAGCUGAUAUAAUGAUGUAUUCUGCAAGUGGAUCUUUCAAGCAAUAUUCGGCCACAGGACGUUUCUCAUUCCACAAACGGAAUCUCUAUUAUUCCUUCUAUACUAGCACCAGUCUCAGACCCAGAGGUCUGCAAUUUGUCGAUUUGAAGGGAAAUAUUCUCGAAGAACAGGUUUUGCCAGCUGGUUCAGUGUACCAAAAUAAGACGGGGAAAAUUUGCGGCGUUUGGAGGAGAAUACCCAGAGAAUAUAGACGACUGAUAAGGGAUGAAAAAUUGCUGGUCAAUUUGCUAUGGGAUAAAGCAGAAUUGACUAUCACCGGACAACUCUACAGAUACCGAGCUCUCACCACAGAGCUCUACAGCAUCCUUUUAGAGGGCACCAAUGAAGAUCCAACUACGUUACAGCAGGCCGGUACAGCACUUGUAUCGGUGUCCACAACUGCACCCUCUCUCCAUCUCACCGUCAUCUUCACGGGUAUUUUUACCAACGACGAGAUACAGAGUGGUAAAGAAGGAACGAUAUCUGUCAAACUCACCAGUCUAGAUGGCAAAACUGUCGUUUUUGAUGAGACGAUGAAAGUUGAAAAACCCUCCUCAGACCUGAACACAGUGGAGGUGCGCUCAGCAGUCUCUCACCAGGACCUCCAUCUUCUCAGCAACCUGCAACUGCAACUGGCCAUCUCCAAUCACAGGCAGCCAGCACUGGCCGUCAGUGGAGUGGCCAGACCACGCACCACGUGUGACGUGUAUGUGGGCACAGUGGUGGGCGAGCGAAGUGAGGCUGCCGGCCUGGCAUGGGUCUAUGUCAACCGGCAGGCGGCUCUAGACUAUCAUGUGCAGCUGGAUGGAUUGGGUCAGCAGCUGAGCAAGGAGGUGCAACUGAGUUUGGUUGUAGACCGCCGCAGCACGGAAAUCGUCAACCUGACCCCCUCCCUACAGCGCGGCUGGGCCAACGGAACCAGCGCUGUUCUACAGGUGCGAAACUUGGACCAGUUGUACGGCGGCGAGUUGGCGAUAAGUUUGAAUUUGGCGGGCAAUUCGAUUUUGGCGCGCGGCCGGCUAGCUGGAAGGCCGUUGGCUGACGCUAGAGACGCACCUGCGCCGAGUUUGAUGCGCAGUGGCAACCGGUCUGAUGUGGUAGGGAUGAUUUGGGCUGCUGUGGAUGUCGAGUGUAAUUUGCACUAUGAGCUAACCCUCUCAGGUCUGACCCCCUCACCAGAACAUCCCCUCCAGCUCUACCUAGAGGAGAUCCCGUUCAUAGCUCCAGGUGCUCCCGUGUCCCGUAGGAUGUUGGAGGAAUUCACCAGCACCAGUUUGGAGGACUUCAUCCUGGGUCUCACCCCCCAGGAACUCAUGAAGUUGGAUUCGGGAGUGGUCUACUUCGACAUCAAAGAUGCCAAAACUCAGGAGAGCUUGUUGAGGGCUCAGUGGAAGGAGGUUCCAAUCCCCACCUCCUGUCUACCCCUCUACUCGGAGAACCAACUGCCGACCCUGACCUACCACAAUGACGAGGCAGGUGUCAUCCAGAGGGACCAGGGCUGCUUCCAUUCGGACCGCUUCCACGAGGAGGGCGCUCAGUGGGCGUCUCAUGUCGACAAGUGUGUCAUGUGCUCCUGUCAUGGAUCACGUGUCACCUGUCAUGCCAUACAGUGUCCCACACUCACGUGUCACAACACUGUCACACGCCAGGGGGCUUGUUGCCCCGUAUGCGAUCAACACAACCCAGUGGAUACCAACUUGACAGCGGGACUGUGUCAACUGGCAGGUCAGUCCUACCAACCUGGGGCAAGCUGGCAUCCCUACAUACCCCCCAAUGGCUUCGAUACUUGCACUACUUGCUCCUGUAAUGCCACCUCACUGCGCGUGAAAUGUUCCCGCACCCAAUGUCCCGCACUGGCCUGCGAAGAACGCACCGCCUUGCGGACAGCCGGCUGUUGCAAGCUGUGUCCCGUGGUGGCGAACGAAGCGACGCUGACGGCGGACCCCGGUUGGAUGGGUGAGCAGGCAGGUGCAGCGAAGACCAAGUCUGAUAUCCUGGAGGCAGGGGGUUGCAACUACCCCAUUGGGGGUCCUUUCGAGAACGGGGAGGAAUGGCACCCCAGGGUGUACUCACACGGGGAGGUCAAAUGGGUGAAAUGUCAUUGCAAGGACGGAAAAGUGAGGUGUGAAAGGAGUCGCAGUAAACACAUGUGAUCAGUGAUCAGUACCGUGAUCAGUAUUAACAAGGAGAAACUUAUUUGAAAGCACUGAGCUUGUAGAGCAACUUCAGAACAGUUUUUGAGAAUCAAAAUCAACCAGCUUACAAACGUAAUUAAUUUAUUGAUUUGCAAAUAAUUGUAAAAAAUAAAAAAAUGUGAUGGUAAUAACUUCUUGAUUAUAUUUCAAGCGCUGUAGCAUAAUUCGUUAACAAAAUUCUACUAGCUAGGCCUAAUGCAUUCUUCAUUAUAUAUUUUUUCAAUUUGGAAGAAAAUCUCCAAAUUUCAAUUUUUUGCAAACCUAAGAAUAAAUUGUAAUAUUUUAGUGUAAGUACUGAUUUAGUAAGCUACUACCAUAAUGUUUAUGUUAUUUGUAUUUAUUAGGUUAAUUAUUAUUAAUUAUAAAAAUUAUUUUCA